GAACACGUCCCGGUACGUACGACUGAAGCCCGCGAGAGCUCAAUUCGCCGAUCCAGAAGGAAACCCGUUCUCUCAGUCAGAAUUGACGUUACCAGGACAGGCACACACCGUCCUCUGGCCGCUGCACGAAGCGUUCUAGCACUAGCGAACGAAAUGGAGGCGUCUUUCAAAACAGUACGCCUGUCCCUGUGAGAUACGGGUUCAGAUCAUAUUAUGUCACAAUGAUGAUAAGCCCAGAACAGGAAGCCUUAAUUGGCCGAGUGUUUGAAACCUAUCUGACGGAUCAUCAUCAUGGGGACAUUCUUCAGCUUAUCGCAGAUACUGAUGAAGAGACUCAUCGCCCUGUUGUUGUUAAUGCCAUGACAUUGUUUGAAGCCAAUAUGGAGGUUGGGGACUAUUUUAAUGCCUAUCCCAACGAUGUCCUGACUAUAUUUGAUAAAGUGCUUCAAAGAAAAGCCACAGAGUUCUUAAAUAAUGCCUCUCCCAAGAACUGUGGAGGACAGAGAACAAACAAGGACAGAAUGAGACACACUCUUCAUGCCCGCAUUACAGGUCUUCCAGUGUGUCCAGAGCUGACCAGAGACACCAUUCCGAGGUCCCGAGAUGUAGGGCACUUUUUGUCUGUCACUGGUACUGUCAUACGUACCAGUGUAACUAAGGUUCUGGAAUAUGAGCGGGAUUACAUGUGCACAAAGUGUCGUCAUGUUUUCACGGUACAGGCGGAUUUUGAUCAGUUCUACACCUUUGCCCAACUGGUGGCCUGUCCUAAUCCUGAUGGCUGUAACUCAUACAAAUUCAGCUGUCUGUCUGAAGGAUCUGAGCCGGCUGCCUGCAAGGACUACCAGGAAAUCAAGAUACAAGAGCAGGUACAGAGACUUUCAGUAGGCAGUAUUCCUCGUUCUAUGGUGGUGGUUCUGGAGGAUGACCUCGUCGACAGUUGUAAAUCUGGGGAUGAUGUUACUGUCUAUGGAGUAAUGUGCCAGCGCUGGAAGCCUUUUUAUGAUGACACCUGCUGUGAUGUGGAGCUGGUCCUCAAAGCUAACAACAUUGAAGUGAACAACCAGCAGGCUGCUGCUUCCCUAGCACUUAAGGAUGCUCAGAAAGAAUUUGAAGACUUCUGGAGUAGCUACAAACAUGAUCCCAUAGCUGGUAGGAACCAGAUCUUAUUGAGCUUGUGUCCACAGGUAUUUGGCAUGUAUCUGAUUAAACUGGCAGUGGCUAUGGUGUUGGCUGGUGGGGUGCAGAGAAAAGAUUCUUCUGGAAUCAAGAUAAGAGGUGACUGUCAUAUGUUGCUGGUUGGUGACCCUGGCACAGGGAAGUCUCAGUUCCUGAAGUAUGCAGCUAAAAUCAUGCCUCGCUCUGUUCUCACAGCUGGGAUUGGAUCAACAAAUGCAGGACUCACAGUAGCAGCGGUGAAAGAUGGAGGGGAUUGGCAUCUGGAGGCAGGAGCCCUUGUCCUGUCAGACGGUGGUUUGUGCUGUAUUGAUGAAUUCAACAGCAUCAAGGAGCAUGACCGCAUCAGCAUCCAUGAAGCUAUGGAGCAACAAUCUAUUAGUGUGGCUAAAGCUGGGAUUGUGUGUAAGCUGAACACUCGAACUACCAUCCUGGCAGCCACCAACCCUAAAGGACAGUACAAUCCUAAUGAGCCACUGUCUGUGAAUGUAGCUUUGGCCAGCCCUUUGCUGAGUCGCUUUGACCUUGUUCUAAUUCUGAUGGACACCAGAAAUGCAGAGUGGGACCGCAUCAUCUCCUCUUUCAUCCUUGAGAACAGAGAACUGUCUGGUGACUCUUCCAGCCUGUGGUCCAUGGAGAAAAUGAAAGCGUACAUUACUGUGAUCAAAGGGUUGCAGCCGCAGGUGUCUGAGGAGGCCAAUAGCAUCUUGACACGUUACUACCAGCUGCAGAGACAGAGUGAUGGCCGCAACAAUGCCCGCACCACCAUUCGCAUGUUGGAAAGUCUGAGCAGACUGUCUGAAGCCCAUGCCAGGCUCAUGUACAGAGAGACUGUGACCAUAGAGGAUGCUGUCAUGGCUGUCUCUGUCAUGGAGUGCUCCAUGCAGGGUGGUGCUCUGCUUGGAAAUGUGAAUGCAUUAUUCACCUCAUUCCCUGCUGACCCUGGUGAGCAAUAUCAGACUCAGUGUCAGGUACUGCUUGAAGGACUGAACCUGCCACUGCUUCUACAUAAGGAGAUGGACAGACUGGGCAGGCUAAAAAGCAACACCUCAGAGGCCUCCCCACCAACUGGUACUUACCAACAUCAACUCAGAAACACUGACUCUAUCAACAGAACACACCAUGAGGAAAAUAUCAGUAACUGCAGGGGUGAUGGCCUGGACUGGUUCCACUCAAUAACUCCAUCACUGUUGCAAGAUGGAAUGGCCUCACCAAUAGUAACAUCAACUCAGCAAAACCUAAUUAGAGAACCAAACACCAGCUGGUCAGAGUCUGCAGGAAGCAAACAGUCACACUGUGAAUGUGAGAAUGACAUUCUAAGAAACACUGACUUAACCUUAAACUCUGAUCCAAAAAGAACUGAAACAACAUCAGUUAUCUCUGCUUCAGAUGAAGAAAACCAAAAACACGAGAGAAAUCAAAACAUUGAAGAAAAAGGCUUCAAAACCAAAGAGGAGUUGAAGCAAUCGGAGUGUCAAAAAGAUGAUAAACAUCCAGUGUCAUCGGGGUAUGUGUUUCAGAAAGUCGCUAAAAAUCUAAGAGACAGAAGGCUCAGGGAGCUGGAGCUAAAGCACCAGCAUCAUGAGAAAGAGGGAGGCGGAGGAGGAGAGAGCAGUGUUUCUGGAGAUGGUGCAAGUAAAAAUUUGAUUAAUGUUUUGGAAAUGACUUCAGGAUCACUAGGUAAGAACAGCCCUUCAAAUAACCCUGCUACGGAUAACAUGUCCUCCAGUAAAGAAAGUGUAUUUGCGAAGGACGAUGAGGGUGACCAGGCUGGGACUCAAAACAUUAGUGCUGUGCUAAGGGAAAAGAUAGCAGCUGAAACAGGUAAAGAUUUGUGUGCAAAGUUGUCAGGCUUCAAAUUCAAACCAAAAAGGAUGAGACCUUCAGUCUGCAACCACACCCUUAAUACCAGCUCAGAGAUCAGCGCGGAGUUCCAAACUGAAUGUAACCAACAUAGCAGAGAUUUUAGCACCCACAAAGAAAGCAGCGGAAGUAGACUGGAACCAGUUAGUCACAUUGAGUCAGCCAGCCCACAUACAGACACGGAGAAGAAUAAAAGGCAGAAAAGACAGAACCAGGACCGAAUUCUUUCGGAAAGUGGAAGAAGGGAACAACAGGUGAGCUGUGUCAGUGGCAACAGUAGAUCUGAAGCCAGUAUUUGUAUCAUAUCAGAAGGGUUAGAUGAGGAUGUUUUCUCCUCUGGAAAGGACAGAACAGCACAAAGAAAACCUGCAGGUAGCAUGAAGGAGGGAGUCAAUGCAGAACAUCUGCAUCAACAACAAAGAGCCACAGUGGACACUGGUGAUGAGACUAAAGUGAUUGGCUUUUCUUGUAUCCCACCUUUUAAACCAAUCAGUGAUCCUGCAUCGUCCAAAUCGGGGCCCACCAAGUCCACAGUGGCCUCCUCAACCCUGGCUCAACUCUCAAGAUUCUCAUUCACCAGCUCUACUCAUCCCACCACCGCUCAAAUGAAAGAAGGAAAAAAUCUUCCUCUUGGAGAGGAAAAAAGUUCACUUAAAGUAGAAGAUGCUUUCUGCAAGAAAACUCAAGAUUUCUCCAAACACGGUCCCCUAGGAAAGAAGAUCAGAACUGUAGUAAUGAACACAGAGCUACCACAUGGACAGAAACAACCAGGGGCAGAAUCACCAGCAAAAACAAUGUCCAAGUGCCAGGAAAAGCAGAUGGGGCCUACCCCUUCGACAUGUUUUAACAGUGUUGAUGAUCGACCUGUUGACCACCUAAACACUGUCAAUCUGAAGAAAAGAAAGUGCUUUGAGCUGGGCCCUCCAAAUUGUGUUAGUGGUUCCAAGCGACCGUUCUCAGGACUGCCUCUGUUUGGCUCUGUUGAGUUAAGUAAUGAUGUUCUUGACACUGACUGGGACCAAGAAGUUUCAAAGACAGACAGAAUCUGAAAUCAUAAGUAACUGUCACAGUGUACGUGGAUGCAGAUGAAACCACAGUUAAGCAGUUUUUUCUCUGGAGCACAGCAGUUUCAUUCUUUGUCUGAUGUAUGAUUUUGGCCUGAGAAAAUGUCAAAUCAUCCCUGAGGUAAUGAUUUUCUGCUUCCUUUUAUGCCUAAUAAGGUGGUGGAUUUUGUCUACAGCAGCUACAGCUCAUCGAAGUUACUGAGCUGAAUGGUGUAACACAUAUAAUUUCAUAAUUUUUACACCAUACCUGAUCUGGAUGCCUGUUAUCUUUGGUGGGAUGUUCUCAGUAAUGAUGGUGUACGCUCACACAAUGUCUCCAUGAGAUCACUGUUUCUGCUAUGCACAUCUUGUCUUCCUCAUGCUGAACAAAUACGAAUUAAAUACGAAUAAAUAAA